AAGCAACAUGGUACAUUACAUACGUUACAGUACAAUACUGUUCUCUUACAUACCAGGGCCAGCCCUUUUAUAGAUCAAAAGGGAGCACAGGUUUCAUAUUCUUUCAAGUCACAGCACUGGAAAAAUAGUUAAUGUUUCUGUUCAAAAGUCUUAAAGGUGAAACUCGGUGUGAGACCACAAAACAUCACGUGAACAUAACACAGUGGUGACGUCAUUAUGUUUACCUGAUCAACUGGUUUGGUCUCCUGAAGGUUUCCACAUUUCUCAGUACCUCUCGGCCCUCACAUGUGUGUGCUUAGUCUGUGAUUAAGAUACUGUGACAGGUAGUCUCGGUACUGACAUGCCCUUGAUCAAGGUGUGGGUAUAGUAAAGACACUUCAAGCACAGAAGACCCCGAGGACCUUGACUGGAGUUCGGUACGAUUUGCAGUAUCAAGAAGGUGCCACUAGCCGUGACAAUGGCGAUGUUUUGGGUCGUCAGUAUGUUGACCCUGGUCUCUGCGCAUGCGUGUCCGUCGGUGUGUGUUUGUUUUAGUGACGUUCCCAGUGUGCACUGCAAUCACCCCACGUUGGAACACAUCCCACAAGGCAUCCCGAACACCACAACAACGUUGCAGAUGAAAGGUACGAGGCUCGUAUCGGUCAGACGGGGAGACCUGGCAGGACUGCCCCUCCUCCGUACCCUGUACCUGUUUGAUAACCAGGUCCAGCGCAUAGAAGUCGGGGCCUUUGACAACAAUCCAGAUAUCCAGAGUUUUGCCAUAGGUACCAACAGCAUUUCGGAAGUUCUUCCUGGAAUUUUCAGGGGCAUGAACAGUCUUAGAGAAAUAGACAUGAGAGGAAACAAGAUCACGUCCAUCCCAGCUGGAGUGUUCAAUGGGCUGCCUAGGCUUCGGGUCGUGCGGCUUUUCGGGAAUCAGAUCAGCACACUUGCAGUGGGCGCCUUUUCCAACCUGUCCAGCGUUGCUCUCUUCUGCUUGGAAAGUAACAGAAUAGCGAGGAUUGAGAAUGGUGUAUUCGGGAGUCCACAGGGAGCGACUAGCAUGAUGUUGAUUAGCAACAAUAUCUCGGUGAUAGAACCGGGAGCUUUGUCAAGUUUUGUAAGCAUGUCCCGUCUGUGGAUCAAUAGCAACCGCCUCUCUACUUUACAAGGCGUCUUUGAAGGCCUACAAGAGAUGACUCAAAUAUAUGCUCAAGACAACGACAUAUCGGCUUUGAAUGAGGGAGAUUUUUCCGGACUAACGAAAUUACGAGAGAUAAGGCUGAACAACAACAGAAUCUCCACCAUCGCUGGAAGAGUGUUUGCCGAUUUGUCAAGCCUACAAACACUAUACCUGCAGGACAACGAAAUAAGUGUCAUUGGAAAUUAUACUUUCCACGGGCUGUUCAACUUAAGGAAUCUCUAUAUGUCUGGAAACAAACUGGAAACUAUCACGGGAGGGGUAUUUGCAAACUUAUACAAUCUUUACUCCCUCGGGAUAAACAAUAAUAAGCUCCUCCGCAUGGAGGCGCGCCUUCCACUUGGAUUGCGAUUUCUCUUCCUCCAGUCAAAUGUGCUGACCGAAAUCCCAACUAUGAGUAUGGGCCAAAUCCAUCAACUCGACCUGUCCUUCAAUCCGAUAGAUACUGUACGCAACGAAGAUUUGUUGGCCUUGAGAAGCGUGAGCAACCUUGCCAUGUCGGGAAUCAAAUAUUUCCGGGAUCGAAGGGACAUUGAGCCGGACGUGUUUGCAGGACUAGACAAGAUUGCAUCAUUGGCCUUGGCUAAUAACAGUUUGACUCGAGUACCGACGAGCGCCUUACGUCACGCCUGGCGACUAGUGAAUCUAGACUUGUCCGCAAACGCGUUCACGGCACUGGAAUACGGAGAUUUUGACAACCUGACAAAUAUUCAAGAUUUGGAUCUUAGUGGAAACAAGCUGACCACAGUCCCCCGGGAGGCCUUGGCAAACCUGUCCUCACUCCGAAGCCUGAUCCUGUCUGACAACCCAAUCGUGUAUGUAGGAUCGCGCGCCUUCGGUCCACAACUUAUCGAGGUUAAACUUCAGAACACCAAAUUGAGAGUCAUAGAUGGAGCUGCCUUCAACAAUUCCCCAAAUGUCAACCGCCUAACACUGAGCAACAACUACCUACAGUACCUGCCUGAGACCGUCUUCCAACCUCUGACCUAUUACGGAGACUACGAAACUCUAGACUUGGACGGUAACCCGUGGGUGUGUGACUGUCAGCUGGCAGGCUACUCCGCAUGGCUCAAGGCGCCACAGGCCGUCGCCAUCCCAGAUCUCUACUGCACGGCUCCGCCAUCCCUGGCAGGAGAUCCCCUGCGCCGCGUGCCGACCAACUGGCUGAACUGCAGUUGUGUGACGGAGGAAAGUCCCCGGAUUGACACACGAGGAAGCACGACUUCGGCGGCUGCUGGUGACAAGGCCAUCCUGAGAUGCAAGGUCACUGCCUGCCCAGGCGCUGCAGUACUCUGGACAACCCCUAGAGGUAUGUCUCUCACCUCCGACUCCGAAUUCCCGAACAUGCACGUCCAGACGGACGGCACACUUGUCAUCGCGACAGUCACAACCGAGGACGCGGGCCUCUACACCUGCAUGGCGGUUAACGCCUUUGGAACAGCCGAGGCCCGAGUUGUUCUGAAGGUGACCAGAGGUCCGACUAGCCAAGCCGUGGGAAUCCACCAUUUUGUCUGGAAUUUCAACAUAGUCCUUUUGUUUCCUUGGUACAUAUCCGGGAUAGACACCUGACAGUUGCUGUUUGGUACAGCGUCUACGCUAGGGAAUGUGCUUGAUGAUUUGUUUGUUUAUUUACUCAAAAUUGUGAUUUCAUAUACUACGGACGAAAGAAAGGUAAUCUUGUCCGUUUUCCGGAAUGUAUUUUGAGCAUAAAUCAGGCCUGACAUAAGGGUUUACAUUGGAAACUUUGGUGAGAAGCACCAAAAUCGUCCAUAGUGAUCAAGGUUCAAUCAAAGCUGAAAGCGUCGUCCCACGGACUGACCGUGAUCUAUACUCUCUGGUCCUUAAAAAGUCAGCUAUGAAAAACGUAAUCGACCUGCAAUCCCACAACAAGCCAAAAACCCAUGUUGUCGGCUACCUGAAUUUCUAUCACUUCGCCCAUGGCGAUAGAACAAACAUAUCGUUAACGAUGCAGAUAUCUUUUAAAUAUAAUUUGUGGAAUCAGUAACACCAUGCUCUAUAUAUUAGGCAAACACAAUGUUACAAGUGUACCUUAAAUAUCGAAUACAUUUGUGCAGAUUUGUGGGGCCGAUAUGCUUAUGGGUAGAGUACAGCACGGUACAGAACAUCAAUAUGAGUAUUUAUCACAUUGAAAGCAAAUGCAUGUAAAACGCUAUGAAGAAAAUGUUUGCAAUGCGUGAGCUAGAUUUGCUUAGAAGUCGACGCACGUUUCUUAAAUCAAUAAGCAAGUGGAGAGAGAAACAAAGGUGAACUGUACUUAGAGCCAUGUGGGUCGCACAUGCAUGUGUUCUUUUUGCCAUGAAAUCUAUGGAGACAUACUCUCAGAAGAGCUAGAGCAAGUUGACCCGCACUCUUCAGGUCGCAGCUCAGUUGUCCAUGUUUUUAUUUCUCUCUAACCAAACGUGAUUGGUUGGCGCCUGCAAAGAAAUGAUCAGUGAUCUGAAAUUUGGUGGAUAUUGAUAAAAGUCCCAUAUUAUACAAUAUACGCGGAAAGUUUAAUUGUGCACCUUACGCCUAUGUGGAUGUCACAACAUCCGUCUCAUUUCCCUUCCUUCUUUCUUUCAGACCUAUAUCUUCUGAUCAAACCCUCCCCCUCGAAAAUAUUGCCACAUUAUUGUUACACGACCUAUUUCGUUAUCUCCUCCUCAUCUCCUGAUCUAUUCAUAACAUGAUGCCGAUGGCACAAUGCAAGUAAGACUUGCCACCGGGGAUGGUGGUGAAAGGAAAAGAUUUAGGGAGAUAGUCAAAUCCAUCGCAGUCGUGUAGCAAAGGCCCAGACACAUACUAGAUUGAUCCCUUACAAAUGUCAAAUAUUUAACACCGGUGUUUAAUCAUCUGUCACCGGAUCCAAUCAGAAGGAGAGUUCACAGAACAUUGUCCAAUCGUAAUAACACAUAACAGGGAGGAAUGAUAACGUUCAGCAAGGAGGUAUGUUUAUCAAUACAGCGUAAUAGACAAGCUUUUGAAAAGAUUUGACAUGGUAGGAUUGCAAUGUUAUGCAUAUGUUUUCUGUGGAAAUUUUGGUUUCAAACUGACAUCUGUAAGUUGUCCUUAUGUACCAGAAAGACAAAUGUAAAUUUUCAAAAUGCAUUCGACAAAUAGAUUUACAAUUAUAGCAUCAAAAGAA